CCUGGAAACACCACAGAAGGCGCAGUGGGUGAAAGAAAUCAUUUCUGAAGACCUUCCCGCAUGACGUAAUUGUUCCCGUGACUGCGCAGUGACAUCGCCAUAUUGACUGGAAGCGCCGUGCUGCACCUCGGAUUUCUCCUGCUUAUUUCCCUCCCAAAGUACAUCAUGGCAUCUCGCAAGAAGAUUCUCCUGAAGGUCAUCAUCCUGGGAGACUCUGGUGUAGGCAAAACAUCCCUUAUGAACCAGUUUGUUAACAAGAAAUUCAGCAACCAGUACAAGGCAACCAUUGGGGCAGACUUCCUCACAAAGGAGGUUAUGGUUGAUGACAGAUUGGUCACAAUGCAGAUCUGGGAUACAGCUGGUCAAGAGAGGUUCCAGUCGUUAGGUGUUGCAUUCUAUCGAGGAGCUGAUUGUUGUGUUCUCGUCUAUGAUGUUACAUCUCCCAACACCUUCAAGUCUCUUGAUUCGUGGCGUGACGAGUUUCUAAUUCAAGCCUCACCAAGGGACCCUGAUCACUUUCCAUUUGUUGUCCUGGGUAACAAGAUUGAUCUGGAGAAUAGGGCGGUAUCGACGAAGCGAGCACAACAAUGGUGUCAUAGUAAAAAUGAAGUUCCCUACUUUGAAACUAGUGCAAAGGAAGCCAUUAACGUCGAGUUAGCCUUCCAGACCAUUGCUCGCAAUGCUCUUGCUCAGGAGUCUGAGGUGGAGCUCUACAAUGAGUUUCCAGACCAGAUCAAAUUGACCAAUGACAACAAGGCUAAACAGGAUGCGUGCUCUUGCUAAUGAUCACUCUGUAAUGAUUUUCUAGUACGUAAGAAGGAAGCACUUGGUUCCAUUUGUGAUAUCAGAUACAUGAGCUCAGAAGAGAAGAAAGGGAUCUGUAAUCCCGGGCCGGUUCCAGGAGCAACUUUUGAGUGUGACUGACCAUGUUGUGCGACGAUCACUACUUGUACAUACAGUGGUGCCCCAGACAAUACUUUUUUGGGAGUAUAUCUUGCACCUUUAUCAACAUUUCACAUGGGGAUUGGCCUUAACUCUUUUUUUUUUUUUUUUUCUUCUUCUUUUUCUAGAAAUGUUACUGCUACUUCAAAUGUAAGUUUUAUUUUAUUUUAUUUUAUCAUUAUUAUUAUUGUUUAUUUAUUUUUUCAUUUUAUUAUUAUUAUUUUUUUUUUCCUUUCUUGUUCCUAUCUCAUCAGUAUCCUUGGACAAAAACUGGCUUAUUAGGAACAGUGUUAUGAGGAAUAAAUAUUUGAAACUGAAAUCAACUGUGGGAAAGGGUCUCUUUUGAUUCUUUAUGCUUAAUUGUUUGAUAUUUUAUUGGAUGAGCAAACUUUAGUUAUGUGGAAACCAUGCAGGUUUAGCACCCCAUGGUAUUACUGGGAAGGUGAAAUAUUGUCUAUAUCUUAUAAAUUCUCUUUAUGAUCACAACCUAUAGAAUUAAGAAAAAACAACACUUCUUUCCCAUUAGCUUAAAUCUGGUAUACUGUCAAGGGUAUAAAAAAAAGGUAGGGUAAGCUUUUUUGGGGCUGAUUUUCAAAACAAAGAUGCUUCAAAGGACAUUAUAGAAAAUAUUAAGACAGGCUAGUAAGUACCAUGCUACCAGAUAGUUAUAUUUUGGACAUGUUACUUGUUUCCAAAAGGGAUGAAACCUUGUUAUAAACAGUUUUUUAAUAAUUUCAUAAUUUGCCAUAUUAGGGACUAUAUAUGAUAUAUAUUUGUAAUAUACCUUUCUUCUGAAUUAAUUUAAGAAUUGAAAUGAUUAAAAUUUUGAGGAUCUACCUGUUGGUGCAUUACUGCAGCUAGACUUGUUAGUUUUGAGUUUUGGGGCAGGAUACCACUGACUUUACCUAUCCUUAAUUCCUUCUGAGAAACAAAGUAGAUACUCUCAAAUGAGUGAGACCAGUGAGGAGAUGAAAAUGUCAGUUGGGAUUGGGCUACAUUGUACUUUUGGUGAUAUUCAUGUUAAGAUGCCAGACUCAGAAUGGUUGCAUUAUCAUGUGAAACUCAUGUGGCUGAGCUGUGUAACUCAUUCAAGACAGUUUAUAGCUGCAAAUUUAUACUUGUCUAAAGAUGUCUGACAUCAUUUCAAAAAUGUUAUGCUUCAGUUAUCAGCUCUAUCCCGCCCCAACAUUUAAAUUCCCUCCCACACAAGAACACCAAAGCUCUAAUCCUAUAUUUUAUACUGUGAUUGUUAAAUCAGUUCAAAAUGGGUUUCAUGAUUUUAAGGUAUAUUCAUUACAUGUACAUAAAUGUAAAGUACACAUUCAGUGUGUUAGAUUAUUAAAUAUUGAUUAUUCAUCUUUCUCUCUCUCUCUCUCUCUCUCUCUCUCUCUCUCUCUCUCUCUCUCUCUCUCUCUCUCUCUCUCUCUCUCUCUCUCUCUCUCUCUCU